AUGUCGCACUACGCCCGCGUUGAGGAGCUAUCUGACUCGGACCCCGAUGAGGUCGCUCCCUCGGAGCCCCUUCCCAGGGACUCCAUCAUUGCUCCAGUGUCCAUCCCACCUACGGCCACCCCCAGCCCACCUGUGGCCCAGAUGCCCCAGUUCCCCCAAAUGCCGGAGCCUCAACCCCAGCGCGAGAUCCCCAGACAUUAUCAAUGCCUGUACCCCGUCUAUUUCGAUAAGACCCGCUCCCGCGCCGAGGGUCGCAAGGUUGGAUCUGAGCUUGCAGUGGAAAACCCGCUGGCUCGAGACAUUGUGGAUGCCGUACAGAUGCUGGGAUUAAAAGCCGCGCUGGAGCCCGAGAAGCUGCACCCGAAGGAUUGGGCGAACCCUGGCCGAGUGCGUGUACUUUUGAAGGAUGAAGAUGGCCGCCUGGUGAACUCCAACAUCAAGAACAAACACCAUCUUUUCAUAAUCGUCGCACAGUAUUUGAAAGCCCACCCGACCAACGAACAAUCCCCAUACCGCCUCCGCAUUCGUGGCCUCCCGACCCCCGAGAAACUCCCUGAAGCUCCCCAAGCCCCGCGUGGAUGGAAAAUCGGAACCAUCUUGCCCAUUCAUUCGCCCGCCUAUAGUGGAGGUGGUGUGAGCGAUAAUCCGUUCAAAGAAGCUUUGGCGGAGCUGCAGGGUAUGCAAGGUAUGCCCGGUGUGCCUUCGAUCCCGGGAAUGCCUGGCAUGCCUGGCAUGUCUGGCGAGAGCUCGGGAGCCGACUCGGAAAAGAAAAAGAAGGACAAGAAGAAGGGCAAGGCUUGA